CCUGGUAAAGGGAAACCUGGUCCGUCGAAUGCCUUGGAUUUACCAGUGAUAGCCUAUUUGAAAAGAGAGCGCAGUCGGCCAUGUCCAUUUUGUCAACGUUGGAUGGAUUACCAUGUUUUGAUCGACCACAUGCAAUACUGCUGUGUUCAAGAGGUUGGAGAAGAUGCUAUCGGUAGCUCGUCGGCCAAGGAUCCGCUGAGUUUUGAAUCUCCUCCGAAAACCGCGCAAAAGGAUGGUGUUCGUCAGUGUAUCCUCUGCAAACGUUGGAUGGAUUCCAACUAUUUGGUCAACCAUAUGCGGGACUUUCACGUUGUGGAGGUCAAAGAGGCUGUUGAAAAGGCCAAAGCUGAAAAGAGGAAACGAGCUGCUCAGCCUGCUAUCGAAACGUAUGCAACAUUUAUGAAGAAGAAGAGGCGUUUUGUUGAACCUGAAGAAGGAGACAUUGAUAUGAGAUGCCCUAUAUGUGAACUUAAUUACCCAUCUCAAGAAGACCUGGUCACACAUUGUCGCAUUUAUCAUGGGGAGAGGUAUGCCCUUGUGCACAGACGAACGUUCAAAAGUGCCGCAGAUUAUAAGGUGAGUGUCAAGCUUUCAUUGUGGUGGUAA